UUGCUGGACCAUCAUUGUUUUACUCUCAUCCUCAAUUUCGGACCCGUAACAAUCUAUCCAACGUUCAGUGUUUAGUGUAAAAACAUACAAAGCAGAAGUUAAGAAGGUGAGCUAGAAGAUGAUUAGACUAGAGUAAUGAUGACAGUAUUGAGAUUGACAGCGUGGGGAAGUGGCAGUGAUGUAAAGCAGCUUGACAAAAAGCAGCUUGACAGCCAGGAAAGAAGGCAGAUGAAUGAAUUACAGAUCAUCCUUAUUGAAUUACGCAUAACCUUCAUAUAGUUCUUUCUAAAUUAAGCUGUUUCUCAGUUCUUGGUUUCAGUGGUGAUGACUGCACGUGUUUAACCUGACCUCUGAUUGAGCAACACAGCACACUGCAGUGCACUGUGACCCACUAUUUGGGUUUUUUAGAGAUUUACAGCAUAAAUUAAAUAAUGAAGUACCAGGUCAAAGUCAAAAAGUCUAAAAGUGUUUAGUUGUUGCUCUUGUUGUUGUUGUUGUUUUUUGGGGGUUUUUGUGCUUUUUUAAAAUAUUAGUUGUGCAAUGUAUUUACUAAGAAAGUUCAAGUGCAGUCAUGCUAGUGCACUGAAUUGUUAUGCUGUCAUUAUUUUUAGUCACCUGCCAGACUCAUUCUGUCCUUUCUGAAACUCUUAAGUAACAGUCAGUUAUUAUGAGCACGAUAAAGAAAACUGGAAAGUAAGGUAGGUAGAAAAUAAUUUACUUUGAAAAAUUUGUUUUCUUCCAUGAAUACAUAGGAUGAGACUGUUGAAUAGCAUACAAUGGUAAAAACAAAAGCAAACAAACAAACAAACAACUUUACAAUUUGUGGAGGAGACAGGUAAGGCUUGCAAUUAAAUCUAAUCCUUGAAUAUCUGACUCAUAAAUAUAUAUACAAUGAUUUAAUUACAUGUGCCUUACUGUCAUAUACAAACCAUUGUAGGUAACUGUUUUUUUAAAUUACUAAAUACAAAAAAAGUACUUUUUCUUGGCUUUGUAUUCUCACAUUCUAACUGCCAGAUGAGCAUUGCCAGUAUCUAAAGUCUACAUAAAUCACAUUAUGAUCUUGCAUUCUGAACCCCCACUCUUGCAAUUCUCCAUUCAACAGCUCUGAUUAGACCUACAAGUCACUGCCACAAUAUUGUUUGUUUGUUCCCUCCCACAUCUGUCUAUUGGUGACCCAUACUGUCCUUUAGUUACAGCAGUCUCAUCAGUUGAACUAGAAAGCUUUUUUUCUCAAAAAGAAAGUGACAGCAGAUAAAUAAUUUGCAAAUAUCAUAAAGGCAUACUUUAUUCACAUUAGAACAUAUAAACAUUUAAACUGAGACCUUUACUAUUUCUUGACACUUAAUGCCACGUACUGGGUAUUAAAAGAGCAACUUAGAGAGGCAGAGAUUCCCUAAUCUGCAAAGACCAGCAAAAUUCAAAAUGAGCCAAUGGUUUUCUUAAAAUAGUACAUUUUCUCAGUUUAAGCAUUUUAUUUUGUUACUGUGUUUUAUUGUGAAUAAAAUAUGGGUUUCUGAGAUUUACAGAUCAUAGCAAUCUGUUUUCAUUUACUUUUUACACAGUGUCACAACUAUUUUGUAUUUUAUUUAAAACUAGUGUGAAGCUUUUAACUAUGCUGAUCCUCUUGGAAUCAUGGAUCAACUAAAAUGUUUGAAAAUGUUGUUCACAUGUGUUGAACUGACUGAAUAUUAAUGGACUGAAGUUUACAGUCACGGUGAAUCAGUGUGUGUCAGUGAAUGCAUUGUGUGGGCUUUAUGGCUCCAUCUAGUGGACUGAUAGUAGAAGUAGAGCAGCUGAUGGCAGCUUUCUCUGCCUCACACUGUCUGUCUGACUGCAUUCACUGUCUGUAUCACUGAAUGUAGACAAAUGUAGAGCAUGACAAAAACGGUGUAAAAUGAGAGCAAUUAUUAAAACACUCAAUGCAAAAUAAGAAGAAAACAUAAAUGAAGAAUAGAGGAAAUGAUGUCUUUACGACAGAUGCCAUAAAGAGGUCAAAAUUCAGCAGAAUGAACAUCAGCAGAAGCUGAUUGAUGAACAUCCGCAUUAAAUAUCAACCUGUAGGUGCAGCAACAGUGUUGGUGUCCAGCAGUGACCUUUGAAGAUUGUUUAGCUUGAAUGGCAUCAAACAGUUGGUAGAUGUUAGUUGGUUGUUCAGAUAAUUAUUUGAAACAAUGGAUAAAAUAAAAACAGAUGGACUGAUUCUUAUAUAGCGUGUUUCUACUCUCCUGGAGCGCUUAAAGCACUUUACAAGACAUUCACCUAUUCACACAAGCACUGUCUUCUAUGGUUUUAAGUGCUUACUAACUAACAUUCACACACGUUCUCCGACAGAUACAUUGGAAGCAACUUAGGGUUAAUAUCUCAAUAGAUAACGUGUUGAAUACCCGUGCAUCUCAUCAAUAAUCAGAGAUUUGGACAGAGUUUGAUCGGCUCAUGCUGAUUGGUUUCUUUUUUCCAACCACGACAGGAGAGAGUGGAGAUGAAGAGAGCAGCACACUGAUGUGACAGUAAAGAAAAGUUGAGCAUCUGACAGAGCAGACAGAGGGGAGUCAGUUUAAAGGCGCCGUUAUGGCUUAAUAGAAGGUCUGAGUGCAAAACCUGAACUUACACUGUCAACAUGUCAGCACACAACCCCACGCAUGACUGCUUCAUCAACACAGAGCUCUCAGUGUUUAUUUCAGGAUCAUUCUCUUAAAGACAGCCGAACACGCCUGACUGCAGUCUUUAGCGAGCACACAGUGUCUGACAUUUACAUCCAUUUUAUUAUAAAAUGCACACAAUAACUUCAAAAAGCUGGUCUGAUUUCGGGGCUCGGCUGAGCCCCCAGUGUUUCAGGAUCCUAGUGACACCUCCUAAGGACUCUAAUUCUCUUAACUGACACUGAGAUGAAGCAGAAAAGAAGCAGUUGAUAUUUGGACAGUACACAGGAUUUAAGUCGAUGUGCACAUGAAUGAUUUGUGUUUCCUCUGCAGGUGAAGGAAGUGUGUGUGAGCUGAUGUGAAUGUGAAUUCAGCAGCAUGGAUCAGUGUGAGGACAGAGAGGAGGGAGUCCUUCCCUGUAAAACCACUCUGUGUGAGGAACAUGAGAGCCAGACCAAAGCUCAGAGAUCAGUGAUGGAGAAGUCUGUUCAUGAGCAGCUCCUUGAAAUGAUGGAGAACUUGGAAGAGGAGGAGCUUAAACAUUUCCACUGGUGCCUGCAGAAUGUACCUGUGGGUGAUUUCACAACCAUCAAAAACUGUCAUCUGGAGAACCCAGACAUAGUGGAAACUGUAGAUUUGAUGGUGCAGACAUAUACUAAUGAGCAUGUGAUGGAUGUGGGGACAUCUAUUUUAAAGAAGAUGAAUGAAGGUGUGCUCUUUCCGUCAACAAUCCAGGGAGCUUCAUCAGUUUCACCAGAAGAGGAGCUGGCCAUGUUGCGGAGAGAAUUUGUGAGGAGGGUGUCAAAAGAAAUCCUUACACAGCUCCUUGAAGCUCUUGUAAAUGAUGGUGUUUUGGGUGAUUUGGAGAAAGAAUCAAUAUUAGAAGAAAACCAAUCCAGAGCAAAUAAGGCUCGCUGCUUAAUCGACACAGUGAAGAAAAAAGGAAACGAAGCGUGUAGGAUAAUGAUCAGGCAUCUUCGGACUAUAGAUCCAGUUCUCUCAUCUCAACUGCGUCGAUCCUCAUCUGUAAAGAAAGAGACUCUGCAGAGGUGUCGAUCUACACUCAAGUCCCAUCUGAAGAAGUUGUUCCAGUGUGUGGUUGAGGGGAUUUCAGCAGCGUUAAACAAAACCCUUCUGAAUCAGAUCUACACAGAGCUCUACAUCACAGAAGGAGGGACUGCAGAGGUCAGUGAUGAGCAUGAGGUCAGACAGAUUGAAACACUAUCCAGGAAACCAGACAGACCAGAAACA